AUGGGGGUACAAUGUCAAGGUUUUCACUCACAGUCAAGUUAUCAGGCCAAGUCGUACUACCGGAUUAGCAACGUUGCAUUCAACGCGAUACUCCUGAUUUUGGCCUUGCAAUACCCUGCUAGCUCAAUACCAAAGUCAUACGAGGAGGCACUUAGCAUAGUCGGCAGGUUGGGCCUUGGUUAUGAGAGUAUCCAUGUGUGCCCGAAUAACUGUGUAUUGUUCCGGAAGGAUUAUGCCAAGGAGAAUAAUUGCCCCAGGUGCAAAGCCUCCAGAUGGAAAGAUGCUGAUGGUAGGAGAAAGAUCCCAGAGAAGGUGCUGAGGCACUUCCCAUUGAUUCCAAGGCUGCAAAGAAUGUUUCUUUCAAAGGAGCGAUCAAAGGAAGUACAGUGGCACAAACUAAAGCGGCAAGACAUGGAGAAUGAUCUCAGUCAUCCAGUAGACGGGGAUGCAUGGAAGGAUUUUGACAAUAUUCAUAAAGACUUUGCCGCUGAUGCCAGGAACAUAAGGCUUGGACUUGCCACAGAUGGUUUUAAUCCCUACGGGAAUAUGAGCAAAUCCUACAGCAUGUGGCCUGUAUUCGUGGUGCCAUACAACCUUCCACCGUGGGCAUGUAUGGAUCAGUCCAACUUCAUGCUGACAUUGCUAAUCCCUGGUCCAUCCUCUCCAGGAAAAGAUUUUGAUGUCUUCAUGGAGCCUUUGAUGGAAGAGCUGCAGGAGCUCUGGAAAGGUAUAAAAUCAUAUGAUGCCAAUAGUCCAGACAAGUUUGAUCUCCGUGCUGCAAUCUUAUGGUGUAUUCAUGAUUAUCCGGCACUGCACACAUUGUCAGGGAGGGCCACAGCUGGUUACCAGGCAUGUGUGCGUUGUGACAAAGAGAAUUGCUCCAAGAAAUUAAGGAACAAAAUCUGUUUUAUUGGGCACCUUCGUUGGCUACCUCUGUCCCAUCCUUGGAGAAAUAGCAAAGAAUACAAUGGUGCUAUUGAAAGGCGUGAGAAGCCAGCAGAAUUCACUCCAGAAGAGCUGAAGGAACAGCUUGAUUGGGUUAGAGAUGUGAUACCAGGCAAGCUUCAGAAGAAAAGGAAACGUGAGGACGGUCAGUGUUGGAGCCGUAGGUCAUGUUUGUGGGACUUGCCAUACUGGGAAGAUCUAAAGCUGAGGCAUAAUCUCGAUGUAAUGCACAUCGAGAAAAACAUCUGUGACAAUCUGAUUGGUACUUUCAUGAACAUACAAGGCAAGACAAAGGACACUGUGAAUUCAAGGCUUGAUUUGGAAGAUAUGGGCAUAAGAGGUGACUUGCAUUUGCAGCCUGUUUCAGCUGACUCUUUUGAGAUGCCACAGGCGUGGUAUACAAUGAGUAAACAAGAAAAAAUUGCAUUUUGUGAAUUCAUAAAAUUUGUUAGGUUUUCAGAUGGGUACGCGUCUAACAUAUCCAAGUGUGUGGCUGCUGAUAAGUGCAAGCUUGAAGGGCUGAAGACCCAUGACUGUCAUAUAUUGCUUCAAAGGAUCUUACCGGCUGGCCUGCGAGGAACAAUCCAUGAAGACAUAUAUGAAGCGGUUGAUGAGCUUGGAAAUUUCUUCAGAGAGCUGUGCUACAAAACACUGAAGAGAGACGUUCUGGACAGACUUGAAAAGGAAAUCAUUGGGAAAAUGCGAAAUGAUGUCUGUCCUGAUCUCUAUGCUUUGGCGUGCAAACCAGAUUUUAUAGUGAGACUAUAUUCUGCAUGUGUUGUUGACAGUGUUCGGUACCAUACUGUUGACCGCGAGAAGAACAGAAAGACACAAAAUAGUGGAAUCGUUUUUGAGGGAGAUCAUGAUGGGAACAACAUUGACUUCUUUGGUCAGCUCAAAUCCAUCAUCAGAUUGCAAUACAACUCCAGCGGUGGCGUCCAUCGGUCAGUUGUCCUCUUCCGGUGUGACUGGUUUGACCUUGGUGGUAGGAAACCCGGGCUCGACGAUGAUGGACACUUCAAAAGUGUUAACACAGAAAAGUUUUGGUACAAGAAUGAUCCUUUCCUUCUGACAUCACAAGCAACCAAGGUCUUUUAUGUGCCAGACACCAAGUUGAAAGGAAAAUGGCAAGUUGUGCAGAAAUUUCACCAUAGACAUCUAUGGAGUGUAAAAGAAAAUGAACAGGGACCCGGUGUUGCUGUACUAUCAUAUCAAGAUGAAGAUUCCAGUCAAGUUCCUGUGCAAGAAAAAGAAGGCACUGCACAGAGUAGGACGAGAAGUGACCAGGAACGUGUGCUACUUGAAAAAGUCAUUGUGGACAAACUGAAGAAACGGAGCAAGGAGGUUGUUCCUGAAGAAAUCGAGGAGGUUGAUGAGACAAUGUAUCAAUAUUGCACUGAUGAUGAUGAUGAUGAUGAUGAUGAUGAUGAUGGAGGAAAUAGGACUAGGAAUCGUCCAGUUUCCGAAGAAGAUGAAUAG